AUGGCGUUUGCUGGGACAAAUGUUAGUUUGUCCCAGCCGGAUAUAAUGCAAAAACUGACGGAGCGCAUAGACGACCUGAAGCAGAGAAUCGCUGCUUGGGGAAAGCGAAUUCGGCGAUAUACCGAGAGGUCGACACGGUUCAACCAGAAUCGUCUCUUCCAGAGUGAUCAGAAGAGGCUCUAUAAAUCAUUGGAGCGACCAAUGGUAAGUGGAACGGGCCCAGUACCGAAUCAGGCCGACACGGUCGCGUUCUGGCGCAGCCUGUGGUCAGAGCCCGUAAACCACAACGAGGGCCCUUGGACGGAAGUUGUGGCGAGUCAGUGUGCGGGUAUUACGCCCAUGGACCCCGUCACCAUAACGCCGGAUGACGUAGCUGAGGCGGUCCGUAGGGCCCCGAACUGGAAAAGUCCGGGACUCGACGGGCUGCAUCACUACUGGCUGAAGGGGUUCGUGGGCAAAAAAGGGAAGAAACUGGAUGUUUGGCGUAUCGGGCUCGGAUGCAUCGCUUUUUUGCAGAGCUGGAGCCAUUUCUAUCCGUCACUGUCCGUCACGCAAAACCUGGCAGACCGAGUUCGUUACAUCCUGCGCUCCAGCAUAUUUGGUGACGCCGAACUCGAACGACUACGACGUGAGCCUAUUCCUUCAUCGAAUGGAAAUGCUACGUCUGGGAAUGCGGCGCCAGUAGAUGCGCAACAAACUGCAUAUGUGGAUGCUGCCGUCAAUAUUCCAUUUGUGGCUAAUUCAGACGAUGAUGGAAUAGUCUCCCACGAACUAGAGAAAAUGAGGAGCAUAUUGGAAGAGUCGAUGCUGGAAACGCGCAGCAUGCCUCUUGAAAAUCGACCGCGACUUCCCCGCAUACCCCUUAGCAAGCGAAAUCGGGCUGUCGUGCGACUCUUAACCCAAUGCUGGUGA